AUGAAACCGGAUAAUGCAACAGAAGAAGAAGAAGAAGAAUUCUAUUUUGACUACACUCGACUAUUAGUCGAAAAUCGAAUGCUUCAUCGAGCAGGAUAUUAUCUAGGUGCGUCGAAUUCCUUUGUUCGUUUAUUCACCUUAACUGCACGACGAUAUUGGCUUGCCCAAGCAACCAGCGAACACAUGACUGCAGAUUGGAAAAUUCAUUUUUCCAUUCAACCAACCGACAUUCCUCUGGCAUUCAAUCUUCUUUCAAAACUUUAUUUCGACAUGAAACUAUCGGCUGGUUUAAAGGCUCGAUAUCCCGACGAUUGGAAAGAUUAUGAAAAUAAAUGGCCAGAUCAUAUGCGCGGAAGAGAAAUCACUGUCUAUAUUCUCCUGUACGAAGAUACUACAGUGACACCCAAACAAACAAUGCUCUAUUCACGCGAGGAUUUGAGCAAAUCGAUAGAAAUGAUUGAUUGGACGUUAUCAUCGUCGGCUGAUAUCUAUAAAAAUCAUGAUAUGAGCGAAAAGGACGAAAUUCCAUUAGAUCGAUAUCUCGAUUAUGCUAAUCGUGCGGAACAAUUAUUGGAAAAACAUCAUAUCAAAUCGAAUGGAUGCGCAAAUGGUGAUUAUCCCAUUGGUAAAUACACUUCAUUGCGUAAUGAAAAAUUUGUUGCUAUAGAAGAUGACGAGGACAGGUUCAAAAGACGACUGAUUUAUCCACCGAAUGCAUGUGGUUAUAAUGGAUCAAGAGAUAGACGUGAUUUAACACGUGAAAUUGUUAAUUUACAAACAUAUCGAGCACGACUGAGGCAUAAUAAAAUAACAAAACUAUUUAUUCUUCUGACAGUUAUUUUGCUAUUAAUUGUAUUUUUAAUUAAUUCAUUUUAA